GUGCGGUCACGUGACCUCAAUACCCCGUCCCCACUGGCGGAGAGCGGGCGGGCCCCGCGCUAUGAUUGGCGGAGGCGGCGGCCGGGGCGGAGGAAGGUUCUGGAGCGCUGUGGCGAGCUCUGGAAGGUUCCGCCGCCCGCCGUAUAAAUGGGAGGUGGCGGGGAGAGCGCCACGGACAGGGCCUGAGCGGCGCGGCCGCCAUGGGCAAGGACUAUUAUCGCACCCUGGGCCUGGCCCGCGGCGCCUCGGAGGACGACAUCAAGAAGGCCUACCGCAAGCAGGCGCUGCGCUACCACCCGGACAAGAACAAGGACCCCGGCGCCGAGGAGCGCUUCAAGGAGGUCGCCGAGGCCUACGACGUGCUCAGCGACCCCAAGAAGCGGGAAAUCUUCGACAAGUUCGGCGAGGAAGGACUAAAGGGAAGUGGUCCCAGCAGUGGUGGAUGUGCCAAUGGUGGUACCUCAUUCAGCUACACCUUUCAUGGAGAUCCUCAUGCUAUGUUUGCAGAGUUUUUUGGUGGGAGGAAUCCAUUUGAUACCUUUUUUGUACAAAGGAAUGGAGAUGAAGACAUGGAUGUUGAUGACCCUUUCUCCACUUUUCAGAUGGGGGGUUUUAGUAAUAUGGGCUUUUCUCGCCCCCGCUCGGGCCAUGAAAGUAUACGCAAAAAACAAGACCCUCCUGUCAUUCAUGAUCUGAGGGUUUCCUUGGAGGAGGUCUACACUGGCUGCACCAAGAAAAUGAAAAUCUCUCACAAACGACUCAAUACAGAUGGCAAGACCACACGGAAUGAGGAUAAGAUUCUGACCAUUGAAGUCAAACGAGGGUGGAAAGAAGGAACAAAGAUUACUUUUCCCAAAGAGGGAGACCAAACAGCAAACAACAUUCCAGCUGAUAUUGUCUUUGUUUUAAAAGACAAGCCACACAAUGUCUUUAAGAGAGAUGGGUCUGAUAUUAUUUUCCCAGCUAAGAUCAGCCUCCGUGAGGCCCUGUGUGGUUGUGCAGUCAAUGUGCCGACGCUGGAUGGCAAGACCCUUCCAAUGGUAUUUAAAGAGGUCAUUAAACCUGGGAUAAAGCGGCGAAUCUCUGGAGAGGGCCUCCCGUAUCCCAAGAAUCCAGACCAGCGAGGGGACCUUAUUAUAGAAUUUGAAGUAAAGUUUCCAGACAAAAUUUCACACGCUUCCAAAAGUGUACUAGAGCAGAUCCUGCCAAUAUAGCAAGGCUGCUCAUGGAGAACUGAAAUAAGGACACUUCCAAAGCAAAAGGUUUUUGGACCAUAACCAGGACUUCAGGGUUUCUCUUUAGUGGAGGUUGUUGACUUUCACGCAAGUAUCUUCUUCAAAACUGUGCAGUCACUUUUCAGUGACUCUAGAGUCCCAGAUCAUCACUUGAAGUAUUUACAUCAGUGAGCAGCUGCUGAUGGGAGGAAUCUGCAGAACAUCUCAUGAUCAGACCUUUUUUCUGGUGACCAGUUUCCACCCUAGUGCUCAAUGUGCUGCCUUCCCUUAACUGGUUACCCAUAGACUGGGCAUCUGUUUCAUUUCAUCUCAUGCAGACCUGUAGUUCCUUCAUUGGAAAGGGUGAAACAUAAUCUAAAACUGGACUUGCAAGUAAAACAAUCUCCAACA